CCAGCGCUGCCCUACUCGCCGGGAAGGCGGCGCCGGCGGUGGCUGCUCACGCUGUGCCCACUCCCCGGCGCUGCGCUCCCGGUGCGGGUGGGCUCCUCAACCACUGGCCGGCCGCAGUCCCUGCCGAGAGGUGGCCUCUGCAUCCCAUCUUCUCACUGCUGGGGCGCCCCAGCCCGUGUGCGACCCUUCUUUGGGGUGUUCGCACGCGCGGCUACCAAGCAGAGGGCACCCAACUUUGCCACCUUGCGGGUCGCCCUCGCUCAGCGGGAGCCUGCUCGCUCAGCUGCGCAACUGAGGACUCCGUGCUCCUGGCGGCGGAGCUGGUCCCCAGCCUGGCGCGCUGUGAGCGGAGGAGAGCUCCGGAGAAGUGGUGGGGAGCAGUGGCGGCUGCUGCCUCGACUUCCCUUGCAGCGCGCUGAAGAGGACCCUUGGAGCCGCUCCAGGCCCCAGGCGCUGGAUGACUGGCAGGAGGAACGCUCCCCUCAUCUGGACCCCAUCCAGGACAUCACGGGGCUUGUACUCACUAUGUCUUCAGACUCUUCAACUCGUUGACCAUUUCUCGACUUCGAUUUUGGUGACCCUGAUGGCUUUGAGGAGCUUGGAUCAGAAAACUUGCACAUGUUUCACAGUUGGGGCUGGUGUGUGAAAACUGGGCUUGGGUGCCCAUGUGGCUGCACAGUUCAGUGUGAUUCAUGACGGAAGCCACCCGGCUCUACCCUCUCUCUCCUCGGUACUUUUCACCCAUGAGGAGAAGGUGAGCUUCGUCGAAGACACGUUCCCAGAGUCAGAGACCCCUUGCCCACCAUGAAGGGAGCCUGCAUCCUUGCAUGGCUGUUCUCAAGCCUGGGAGUGUGGAGACUUGCCCGCCCUGAGUUCCAGGAACCUGCCCAGUGCCAGAGAGCUGAGCAUCCUGUUGUCUCCUACAAAGAAAUUGGCCCCUGGUUACGGGAGUUCAGAGCGGAGAAUGCUGUGGAUUUCUCAAGGUUAACCUUUGACCCAGGACAGAAAGAACUUGUCGUAGGAACAAGAAACUAUCUCUUCAGAUUACGGCUUGAGGAUCUGUCUCUCAUCCAGGCUGUGGAGUGGGAGUGUGAUGAAGCUACCAAGAAGGCCUGUUACAGCAAAGGCAAAUCGAAGGAGGAAUGUCAGAACUAUAUCAGAGUGCUCUUAGUGGGUGGGGACCGGCUAUUCACCUGCGGGACCAAUGCUUUCACACCUGUCUGUACCAUCCGCUCGUUAAGUAACCUGACUGAGAUCCAUGAUCAGAUCAGUGGCAUGGCCCGCUGUCCCUACAGUCCCCAGCAUAAUUCUACAGCUCUGCUCACAGCCAGUGGGGAGCUCUAUGCUGCAACAGCCAUGGACUUCCCAGGGCGAGAUCCGGCCAUAUACAGAAGUCUGGGCACUUUACCUCCUCUUCGAACUGCACAGUACAACUCCAAAUGGCUCAAUGAACCAAACUUUGUGUCUUCCUAUGACAUUGGAAAUUUCACCUACUUCUUCUUCCGAGAAAAUGCUGUGGAGCAUGACUGUGGGAAGACCGUGUUCUCCAGGGCUGCCCGGGUCUGCAAAAAUGACAUUGGCGGGCGAUUCCUCCUGGAAGACACCUGGACCACCUUCAUGAAGGCUCGCCUCAACUGCUCCCGGCCCGGUGAGGUGCCCUUCUACUACAAUGAGCUACAGGGCACCUUCUUCCUGCCGGAGCUGGAUCUGAUCUAUGGCAUCUUCACCACCAAUGUGAACAGCAUUGCUGCCUCUGCUGUAUGUGUCUUCAAUCUGAGUGCCAUCUCACAGGCCUUCAAUGGACCUUUCAAGUACCAAGAGAACUCUCGCUCAGCCUGGCUGCCUUAUCCUAACCCCAACCCCAACUUUCAGUGCGGCACCAUGGACCAGGGCCUGUAUGUAAACCUGACAGAAAGAAACCUUCAGGACGCUCAAAAGUUCAUUCUGAUGCAUGAGGUGGUCCAGCCAGUGACCACCGUGCCCUCCUUCAUGGAGGACAACAGCCGCUUCUCCCAUGUGGCCGUCGACGUGGUGCAGGGCAGGGACACACUCGUCCACAUCAUCUAUCUGGCCACAGAUUACGGCACCAUUAAGAAAGUACGGGCUCCCCUGAGUCAGACCUCAGGCAGCUGUUUGCUGGAAGAAAUUGAGCUUUUCCCAGAGAGGAAGCGGGAACCCAUCAGGAGCCUGCAGAUCCUCCACAGCCAGAGUGUCCUGUUCGUGGGGCUGCAGGAGCAUGUGGCCAAGAUCCCCCUGAAGAGGUGCCCCUUCCACCAAACACGUAGUGCCUGCAUUGGUGCCCAGGACCCUUACUGUGGCUGGGAUGUGGUGAUGAAGAAGUGCACGAGCCUGGAGGAGAGUCUGAGCAUGACUCAGUGGGAACAGAGCAUCUCCACCUGUCCGACCAGAAAUCUCACUGUGGACGGGAGCUUUGGCCCCUGGUCUCCAUGGACAUCCUGUACACACACAGAUGGCGCUGCUGUGGGAUCCUGCCUCUGCCGGUCCCGUGCCUGUGACAGUCCGGCUCCACAGUGUGGUGGCUGGCAGUGUGAGGGCCCUAGGAUGGAGAUCACCAACUGUUCCAGGAAUGGAGGCUGGACUCCCUGGACCUCCUGGUCGCUCUGCAGCACUACCUGUGGCAUUGGCUUCCAGGUGCGGCAACGCUCCUGCAGCAACCCCACACCCAGGCACGGAGGCCGCGUGUGUGUGGGUCAGAACCGAGAGGAAAGGAAGUUCCAUCCUGCAUUAUACUGCAAUGAACAUUUGCUCUGCCCGCCACACGUGUUCUGGACAGGCUGGGGACCUUGGGAGCGAUGCACGGCCCAGUGCGGAGGUGGCAUUCAAGCCCGUCGUAGGACCUGUGAAAAUGGGCCUGACUGUGCAGGAUGUAAUGUGGAGUACCAGCCUUGUAACACCAAUGCAUGCCCAGAGUUGAAGAAGACCACACCGUGGACUCCCUGGACACCUGUCAACAUCUCGGACAAUGGUGGUCACUAUGAGCAGCGGUUCCGAUACACAUGUAAAGCUCGCCUGCCAGAUCCAAAUUUGCUGGAAGUGGGGAGGCAGAGGAUUGAAAUGCGAUACUGUUCCAGUGAUGGGACCAGCGGCUGCUCCACAGAUGGUCUUUCUGGAGACUUUCUACGAGCUGGGAGAUACUCUGCCCAUACAGUCAAUGGGGCGUGGUCAGCAUGGACUUCCUGGUCACAGUGCAGCCGAGACUGCAGCAGAGGCAUUCGGAACCGGAAGCGUGUUUGCAACAACCCAGAACCCAAGUAUGGGGGCAUGCCCUGCCUUGGCCCAUCCCUGGAGUUCCAGGAAUGCAACAUUUUACCCUGCCCAGUGGAUGGUGUGUGGUCUUGUUGGUCAUCCUGGUCAAAAUGCUCAGCAACCUGCGGUGGUGGACACUACAUGAGAACUCGCUCAUGUACGAAUCCAGCCCCAGCCUAUGGAGGGGACAUCUGCCUGGGACUGCACACAGAGGAGGCACUCUGCAACACACAGACCUGUCCAGAAAGCUGGUCAUUGUGGUCAGACUGGUCUGUGUGCGAUGCCUCUGGCAUCCAGGUCCGUGCUCGACAGUGUAUUCUUCUGUUUCCUGUGGGCAGCCAGUGUUCCGGAAAUACCACAGAGAGUCGGCCAUGCGUGUUUGACUCUAAUUUCAUCCCAGAAGUGUCUGUGGCAAGAUCCAGCAGUGUAGAAGAGAAAAGAUGUGGAGAGUUCAACAUGUUCCACAUGAUGGCUGUGGGGCUCAGCAGUUCCAUCCUCGGCUGCCUCCUCACCCUUCUUGUCUACACCUACUGCCAGCGGUACCAGCAACAGUCCCAUGAUGCAACUGUGAUCCACCCUGUCUCUCCUGCCGCUCUCAACAGCAGCAUCACCAACCACAUCAACAAACUGGACAAAUACGACUCAGUGGAGGCCAUCAAGGCAUUUAAUAAAAACAACCUGAUCUUAGAGGAGAGAAACAAAUACUUCAACCCACAUCUCACUGGGAAGACCUACUCCAACGCCUACUUUACAGAUCUCAACAAUUAUGAUGAAUACUAGCAGCUCUUAUACUUUCGGCUUCUUGUAAACUCUCUGCUCCUCAAAGCCGUGCUCCAUGACUGCGCAUGUUUCUGAGGCUUCAGAGAUGACGUGUGGAUCCAUUUCAAGUGCAUUUCAAGCCAAGACUUUCCCAUCACUACAAAAAACGCACACCCUUAAACACCUAAAUGUGGUGUUGUGACAAUCUGGUCUGUAGCAAACAUUUGAUUGUUGCUAAGUGAGCCAUGGUGUGAAGUUUUGUAUUGUGCUCAUCCCAAAUUCUAACUGGUCUAUUGUUUCAUGAGUUUUAUUUCAUAAAUGUGCCAACCACAUUAGAAAGUGUCUUCAGACACAUAACAUCUUCAUGAUUUUGAAUGUAGAGCUUCAUGAUAUUUUAAUUUGAAAACAAACAAAAAAGCAGGCACUUUAUCUGAGAGGUCCCUUCCCUCCAACAGGGUCCAUAGUAACUCAAAGAAUGAAGAUAUGACUAUGGCCAACUCCCCCAACCUGAGUUACUCAUGGGUUCUUGGAAAGAGUUUGUUUGCACUUGGAGUGAUUCCUGCCCAAGGAAGCCUAGGGAUUCCACCUGCCCUGGACCUACCCAGUCACGGUCCACUGAGAUCCUUUGCUAUGGUCUGGGACGUGACUGUUGUCACUGUGUGGUGAACACAUGAAACAGAGAGCAGACAGUGAGACACACAGCAGUGUUCUGCAGCUUGCAGUGAAACUAGCCUUACUCUGACUUUUGGAUUCCAUGGCAUUCCAGGGAGCUCCCUGCCAUGCUGUAGGCCUGAAGGCCACCUGCCUGGGCAGUGGGAACAUGCUGAAGAGUCAGUCUUAACAUUUGGGUAGACUCUAUAUCCCUCCCUCCCUGCAGAAAAAAGAAAUCUUGAACAUUGAUGCCAAUUAUGGAAAAUAUUGAAAGUACCAAACUGUAAUUGAAAGCUACUCUUUUUAUUUUUUUGUGUUAUGCAGUGUUGAAUGAACUGAUGUUUAAUGAUAAGCAUUUUUUUGUAGUCAUCAUCUUUGAUGUGUCUAAUGUACAUCAAUGGGCCCCUAUCAAGAGCAUUAAAGGUGUGUCAAACUGUCCCUCUGGGGCUCAGCACAGUCACACUGGAGUGGCACUCCAGUACCAUGCUCCGCUUGUUUGUCCCCUGCUGCCCCCAGGCCAGAGGAGGGACAGGCUCUGAGUCUUUUGAUUAGAGCUGCCUUCCUGUGCACCCGGCCUAGCCGGUUCCACUUUGCUCUGAGGCAGUAGCAGUCACGAUGUCCCUUGAGAGGUAAUAGUUCAGAAGGUCAGGGCUUUAGUGACCCCUCUGCUCUCAGUCAUGGCGGAAUGUUUUAAGACGGUUCUUGAGGUCCUCAGAGGAGUAAAGGAGACCCAGUACCACCUGAUACAGAGAAUAUGGGUAUCGAUUUAAUGCUUUUUAAAAGCAAAGACAAAAUGGUUUGUCUGUGCCACUGGUCAGUAUGAUAAAGGCCUGAGUAGGUAUUCAUACAUGUUCUUAUUGGUAAAUAAACUUUCACGUCUAUGCAAAUGUAUAGCACAGGGUUUUUAUGAGUGUGUAUUUUCCCUAUCGAAUACAAAAAAAGCAAUCUCAGAAAGUGUUCCCCCCAAAAAUCCCAUGAUUAGUCAUGAAUUAUUCUCAUAUAAGCACAUUUUUCAGACCUAAUUCUCUGUUAAAAUUGAAAUUAAAAUGGCAGAUGGGUUCUGGGAGAUGUGUCAGAUUGUAAAGAAGUGGCAUAUGGGAAUAUCCCAGUGGGGCAUCGUGUGGCAUUUCACACACUUCUUCUACAGUGUAUGUGGCCUCCAUUGCACACACAUUUUUAAAAUCCACACUCAACAGAUAGAUGUGUCGGAUGAUUUAUUUGUUGUCUCUAGGGUGGAUUUUCAUUGAAUGCCUCAACUCAUCACAUCACUUUCUUUAAGAAAAGAAUAAAUCCUCCUGGUGUAGCACUAAAUUUUCUUGUUUUAAAAAUAAGCUCCCCUUCUUGAAUGUUUCCCUAACUUGAAAGGUCAUUUUCUUUCCCCUGGAAAGGAGGGUGCAAAUAUUUCAAGAACUUAUAGCUAAACUUGAUAGGAAAUGCAUUCUAAGUGACCUCCAAUCUGGUCUCUGUCAGUUUGAUAUAGUAACCCCACCCCGGGAUUCUCAUAUUUGAAACAAGACAAUAUUCUGACACUAGUAUUGCCUUUUUAAAGCCUCAUUUUUGACUUCCUGGUUCUUUGUUCAAAUUUCCACCCCCAGCCACCAGGCCUGUACUCUUAUUUAGCCAAACAAUUGGAACAAUUGCUCAGGAAUACCAUGGGCUGUAUUCUGGUUUUCACCACCAGUGACAUGACUUCUCUUCUGGAGGUACACGACCCCUCUUGCCUUCCUUCAUUCCUUCGUUCUUUCCUUGCUUCCUUUUUGCCCUUUGAUACGAGAAACACAUGGGGGAGUGAACGUGUUUAAGCUACAUCUGGCUAAACCUGUUGUCAAAUGACAUUAAUCAGCUUAUUUUUUUAGAAUUAGGGUUCAAGUUUGGCUGGUUUUCAUUAAGAAACUGGCUUUAGUCACAUACUUACAUUCUUUGAAAGUUGGUCCCAAUGUUGUUUAGGGUUCUCUCUCUGAUUAGACCAUCAUCAAUCCUGCUGGGUGCUGACAUUCUGCAGAAAGAAGAAUAGAAUAUUUGCACACUGCACAGCCUGAGAAAUUUCCAAAUACCCUGGGGACUUUCUUGGAACUGGGGGCCGUGUCACCACUGACUGAAGCUAACUCAGUGAGUUCUAAGGAACUCUGGGACACUGGGUGAAACUAUGCUUCAAAAGAAAAAAGUCUCUGUCAUCAUAGUUCUAGGCUUUUUCUUCAAAACUUCCCAAUGCAAGCUAGUCCUCUUUAUGCCUCUGCCACUUAAAACUUACUCCUUGUACCCAAGCAUCCCUAGUUCUGUUGAAUACAUCACAACGCAUAUUAAAGUAGAUUCUACCUAGAAUUAGCAUUGACUUUGAGGGAACAGAAGAAGGUUUCUUAUUCGUAUGUGGAGUGAUAGAGACACUAAAGCAAUCAAAGAUAAGCCAUAAACAGAAAAUGCUUGUGAAUGCAUCUGCCAUCAAGAUGCCUCUGUCACCAGGAAGGACCAAUUCACAUAGUUGGGUGUGGAUGUUAUUGAUUCACAGGUGAUACUGAGAAGAAAAGAAACAGAUGUGGCAUGUGAGAUGGAAAGGUGAGGGUUGUCACUCUCUACUGAAUAUCCUGCAUUGGCCCACAACCAAGUACUGUGGGCCUGACAUUUGGACUCCUCUAUAAUCACAUUUCCUGGGUGCAUGAGUCUUAGUUAAGGGCGUUAUUGCUUCCUUACUUAUCUACAAAGGGAUGGAAAUGACCAACUCUGACACCUGUGUCAGCAAAUGUUCUGCAUGGAUCUUGCCUUCAAUACUGUGGGCAAUUUUUCAUCAAAGAGGAUUCCACCCAAGGGAUGGCUAUGUUAUUGUGUGAUCAAACAGCCCAGGAGAUGUUUUCCUAAAGAUGCAUCAGGUUUGCCUCUGGUCAUUCAUCUCCAUACAGCUUAUUAGUCUAUAAAUUUGCAUAUAUCCUCGUGUUUCUUUGCUGAAUUUUCUUGCUUUUAGAAUAAACCACAAAUAGUUCCCCAAUAGGUAAAGCCAAAUUCCUCCUCAGUUUUUCCACAGAGUCAUCAACUUUCUUAACUUUGAGGUAUCCUAGACUCUUCAGUGAGCCCUUCAUGUUUUAAGUCACACUUUGGGGUCCACUACAUUCAGCACUACUGUCUCAAAAAAAAAGUCUGGGAGCCCCAACCAGAAAAACCAGCCACCAUUUACCAGUUGGUGAUAUAGUGGACUCUGUCAGCCUCAGAGCAACCUCUUUUUCAAGUGACAGGUUAUGUCUGAGUCUCAUGGCUCCCCAAAUCACUUUUCCUGGAGGUCUCAAGGCAGUAACCUUACAUCAACUCCUUUGCGAACUCUCUGCUGUUUCCCUAGAGUCUGAAAAUAGUGAACAUGCCUGGCUCAUCUAUUCAUUCCUACACCUUUACAACUUCAUGGAACAUCUAGAGAUUUAUGUUGAAGCAUCAUUGUCAAUAUUUCAAAACCCGAUAUGAGCCGUGGGUAUGUGAUAUUAUCUAUUAUCAAAUACUAAAGGACAUUGUGCGUCCAAUGCUUCUUUGAGAAAUGCAUGUGAGAUGGGAAAACCCAAGCUAAUGUUCUUGUUGACCUAGCAGAUGUAUCACAGGGAAUGCUGUGUGAGAGCUUAAUGCCCAGAGCUCAGGUAUCAUCUAUCUCUCCAGCUUAUCUUUUCAGUUGUUAUCAUUAAUUAAAAUGAUGUAAGGAGAUUUUGCAGCUCUAUAAAUACUAAGCCAAGGCCUUCAGGUUGUCUCUAUGAAUAAUCUCAUGAAACAAAAGAAAUGUGUUGCUUUCUACUUUGCUCCUGUUCCCUUUGGGAAACAGUAUAUGCAAACUAUUGGCAGGAGCUGUGAAAGUCACUCUUCUUUAUGGACUUACGUUGGAGUUGCGUUCACAUUGUAGUGUUGCAUUACCAGAAUUUUGAUACGUGUUACUGAAGCAUCAGGGAUGGAAACAAAUCCCUUAAAGUAGUUCAUGCUGCAAACAAUGUGCAGCCUCCUGAACACCAAAUUUGUAGUCUGGUACAAAUGGUAUAGUUCAUAAUGAAAGCCCAGCCCCAAAGCGUGAUCUCAUUGAAUGAUGUUCUGCCAUUUAAGCUUAUUAUCCAUGACCAGAGCCUGCAUCAACUUGCUUUACUUGGGAGACAUUGUACAGGUAACUAAACUAAUCAACGAUACUUUGGAUCAGAAAGGGAAAAUCAGAGAUGGAAAUAGCUGAAAAGUAAGCGGGGCAGGGAGGUCUCCACCCCUUCAUAAUCAGUCAAGAACCUAAGGCCAGUAGGUCAGCCAUAAUCCUUAUCUUUCCCAGCUUCUUGGUAAUUUAAUACCAGAUGGUUCCAACUUUAGAUAAAUACAAGCAGAAAGCUAAGCCUGGGCUCUGAUAAACAGAAACUGUUCUUCCAUCAGAACACUAAAGGAAGUCUGUUAUCUGCAGGAAAUGAUGGACUUUCCUCAUAAAGUUGCUAGUGCCUUUUCUAAGCUCUGUGCUGUUAUUCCUCCUGGUUAUUGAUCGUUCCAAUCAGAGCCAAGGGUUGGUUGUAUACACUUCGAGGAAAACUACUCUUGUGUGUCUGUUUGAACUUAGGAACAGAAAAUGAGACAGAAAUGCCUCAUGUUCCAAUGUGGUUUUGCUUUCAGAACAGGAACAAGGGUGUGUCCAGAUGAGGUGACCCUAGUCCAGCCUGAAAAAAGCUGUUGCUUUAAUUUUUAGAUCUUCACGGAAUCAUGUUAGAUCCUGUCCUGUGAUAGAAAAGUCUAGUCAGUGCACAUAGAAGUCAAGGUUUGUUUCUGUUGCUCUGCAGUACACAGGUACAAGGAAACCAUGGAGGGUACUAACAGCAACACAGUGUGGAAUGAGAACCAACAAGAAUGGUAUGUGGGUUGUUUUGUCUGAUUUUGCAACUUCAAUAUCAGAACUGCUCGAAAAAUUAAUCAAAUUGGUACGUUGCACUUGGGUUUAAAAUGUUAGCAGUGUCUUCUGUGCUAAAGUUGACCACUUAUCUCUUAUACCAUGACUGUGGACUAAUGCCUCAAGAUCUGCUUCAAAAGCAUGCACAGUGCAAGCCUCCAACCACUGAAUCACCAUGAUGCUCACCUCAUCUGUCAGUGAGAUGCACCAGCUUGUCCCAGUGUAAGAUUCUGCAAAACAUGCAACCAAACCUGUGCUACCCAACUUGGUUCGACUUUAUACCUGCUCUGCCUCCUUGCCUGUUUCGUGAUACAAAAUAAAACCGUUUGGGAUUGUUUCAUUUCCUAUUCAUUGAGGUUUCUCCUAGGCCAACUUCAGCCCCUGGUAAACUUGCAGACUGUUACUGAUCUUAAAAUUUAAACUUCAAAGGCAAUAUAUAUUAGCUACUACAGAGCCAUUUCAAGAGUGAGGUAGCUCUGUAUCCAUUCCCCUGUCAGUUCCCUGAGAAAACAGCUACUUGGGUCUGUGUGGGGAUGCACCUGCUGGUGACUGUUUUCUCUCUCAGACAUUCGGCCACCCACACUAUCAGUCCUUAUGUUUGGCUGUCAGUAUUUCCUCUGAACUCUCCCUAGACACAUGCAUUGGUGGCUUCCUGUGGUCAUUGUCUUUUUGUUUAACUUACUGGUUUUAUGUUCUCCCUUAGAGCUGGCCAGGUCCUUGCCUCAAAUUGUUGCUUAAUGAUACCUGGCAGAUAUCUUGUUUUCAGAAAUCAGUUUGAGACCCUAAUUGUGUCAACCCAGGUAGGGAACUCACUCUGUCUGUCACUGAACCAAUUAGGGAAGUUCCGAAAAGGAGUGGGCAGGGGCACUUCCCAAACAAUCAGCCAAAACCAACUCACACCUGUCUAGCCAAACAUAUUAAUAAGGUGAAACUUGUACUUAUUAUAGCAGUGGAAAUGUCAUCUUGUAUCACUGCUCUAGGUGCAUCCCCAGUAUCUAUCAUCUCCUUUAACAAUGAAGUCAUAAAAUGGUCCUGCAUAAUGCCAAGAGCACACUACUCCCUUCCUAGAACUCCCUUCCAAUCCUGCUCAUCAUCUCUCUGCCAACAUUUUGUGGAAACUAAGAGAAUCGUAAUUAUGUACAGAUAAAUUGUAUUAUAUUUUUUGUACUUAAUGUUUUGUGUAAAUAGUUUGCCUCAUUCAGUUGUAUGUGAGUAUUGAAAUAAACCCUACCAUUUAGGAAACA